UGCACACAUAUUUCAGGUAAUACAGUAGAUGCGUGUUUGGUAUUGUUUCACUGGCAAAUCUACAAUGGCCAACUUUAAAUUUAUAGAUGUAGGAAUUAACCUUACAGACCCCAUGUUUAGGGGAAUCUACAGAGGAACCCAAAAACACCAAGAUGAUUUUACGCAAAUUGUCCAAAGAGCUCUGAGUGUUGGGGUUCAGAAGUUUAUGAUCACUGGUGGAAAUCUGGAUGACAGCAGAGAAGCUCUGAAACUAGCACAAAGCCGAGAGGAGUUCUUCAAUACUGUAGGUUGCCACCCGACUCGCUGUGCUGAGUUUGAGCAACAGGGGGCAGAGCAAUAUUUCUCAGCACUCAGAGAGCUGGCCGUUAACAACAAAGAGAAGGUGGUAGCUGUUGGGGAGUGUGGAUUGGAUUUUGAUCGGUUGGAAUUCUGUCCAAAAGAGACCCAGCUGAAGUACUUUGAGAAGCAGUUUGAUUUAGCAGAAGAAACCAAACUUCCCAUGUUCCUGCACUGCAGAAACUCUCACCAGGAAUUCCUGGACAUUAUGAAAAGAAACCGUGACAGAUGUGUCGGCGGAUUGGUUCACUCCUUCGACGGGACCAAAGAGGACGCUGCUGCUCUAAUAGACCUGGACCUUUAUAUCGGCAUUAACGGCUGCUCUUUGAAGACGGAGGCGAAUCUCGAGGCCAUGAAAUCCAUUCCCACAGAGAGACUGAUGAUCGAGACAGAUGCUCCAUGGUGUGGCAUCAAAAACACUCAUGCAGGAUCCAAGUUCAUUAAAACAACAUUCCCCACCAAGAAGAAGUGGGAGGCAGGACACUGUUUGAAGGACAGGAAUGAACCCUGUCACAUCAUACAGGUGCUGGAGGUAAUGGCAGCAGUGAGGAACGAGGAUCCGGUAGAAAUGGCCAACACUAUCUACAACAACACUCUGAAAGUGUUCUUCACUGGAAGCUGAAAGCAACCACCUGACUAACUGUGUGCCUUCAGACUUCUGAAUGAUAAAACAGUGAGAAUUGCUGUGAGAAUUAAGGUUGUUUACUCUAUGGAUCUUCUAAUCCCAUGAUGCCCAGGGUUCUUUUCCUUACUGCACAAGUUCACUGGCAGCAAAAAUCCCGGGACCGGCAAAGAUCCCUUACGCACGGCUGGUGCAAUGCUGAAAUGUAUUUUAAUAAAUACAGCCUCUGUAUGAAA